GUACUAUGUUGAUUUGGUCUCACGAAAGAAGCUAAACUAGAUAUAAAAGCAAGUUUUGAACAAUCCAACGCUUGUGAAGAGAGUUGAAAAAACAGAAAGUGAGCAUUUGGAACUAUUCUUGACUUUAUUGCGGUUCAAAAUAUUUGCCGGUGUGCAUGCUAGGCAUUACAUCUAAAAAAUAAAAUACACAUAGGCUAGACCUUAUUACAUACACGCCAUGACGGCCUUACAAUUAUCUCUGGUCUGUUGUUUGCUCCUGGGAGUGGCGUACGGAUAUCCCGAUUACUCAUCGCUUAUACCCAAUGGAAACAGAGUCUUUCACCUCGGGGCUCUAUGGCCAGGCGUCGGACACACUCUUAGAAAUGGAGGUGGACCAUUGAAUUCGUUUGGAAUUGAUUUCAGAAAUAACAAUUAUGUGUGGAAUGUAACACUGUGUGCUAAAGAUUCUGAUGGUGAUCGACGAACAAACGGAGAGGAGCUCGGUGACCCUAACUGCACUUGGAGCAUAGGUCAACCAGAUCCAAGCGGUACAACAACACAUCCAGGUUUUAGAACUACUGGAGCUAGUCGCCAAUAGUCAGAUUCACCUACCUAAUGGAAUAGGUAUCCUAAUGCUUGUCAAUUUUUUUUUUCAGGAGGAGAAUUUAUAUUGGCUCCUCAUAAAUGUAGAAUGUGCAUUGCAAUAAGCUUCUAUUAUUUAGUAAUACCUAUAACAAGAUUGAUUAAAGUACACUAUCAUUCUA